AUGCACUUCGAGGAAAAAGGAAGUGUUGAUGCUACAAGAAAAGUUUACGACUUAACUCUUUUAACGAAGAAGGAAUACAUGAAAAUAAUUAAGCUGACAAACAAUGGUUCAGCAACACCAUCAGAGUUAGUGGCAGCAUCACUGUCACAUGCCUUUGCACUUUUUGUUGCGGUCUCUGUAGGUGCAAACAUUUCUGGUGGUCAUGUAAACCCUGCUAUCACUUUCGGUGCCUUUGUUGGUGGCCACAUUACUCUCUUUAGAAGCAUUUUGUACUGGAUUGCUCAGUUACUAGGCUCUGUCGUUGCUUGCUUGCUCCUUAAAUUUGCCACUGGUGGACUGGAAACAUCAGCAUUUGCACUGUCUCCUGGGGUGGAAGCAGGGAACGCUCUAGUGUUCGAGAUUGUGAUGACUUUUGGUUUGGUUUACACGGUGUAUGCAACUGCAGUGGACCCAAAGAAGGGUGACCUUGGGAUAAUUCCUCCAAUUGCAAUUGGUUUCAUCGUUGGUGCGAACAUCUUGGCGGGGGGUACAUUUGACGGUUCAUCUUGUCAGUUGGACUUGGGCUAA